CUAGACCGCCACCCACCGGUACGAGAAAGAGAAGGCGGCGUGCUAGGCGCGCCAGAGAGUCGGUCAGUCCUGCUUCAGCCUGUACGCGGCCGGUUCCCGCGGCGUGUGCGUGGUUGUUUCCCGGACUCUGUGAGUCAGCAGCGGUUGGAGCUGCACAGAUUGUACCAUGGACUCUCAGGUCAGCAAUGGCUCAGGCCUGGAGGCUGAGCACAUCACAAACCUGCUGGUGUUUGGCUUUCUCCAAAACUCCAAGUAUAAUUUCAAUCAAGAAUUGGAGGCACUAAGUCAGGAACUGCCCGUGCAAGUUUACCCGGAUGCAGACUUUGAGGAUGAGCUGCAGACUGAUGGUAGCCGAGCCAGCCGCUCCUUCUACCAUGGAAGAAUACAGCCAGAUUCUGAAAGUCAGGAGUCAGCCAUUCAGAACAUUGCCCGACGUCUUGCCCAGGUCGGCGAUGAGAUGGACCACAGAAUCCAGCCCACACUGGUGAGGCAGCUGGCAGAGCAGUUCAUGAACGCCGGCCUGUCAGAGGAGGACAGACGGAACUGCCUGGCCAGAGCCCUGGAUGAGAUGAAGACGGUUUUCCCUAGAGACAUGGAGAAUGAAAAGGCCAUGCUGAUAAUGACCUUGCUGUUGGCCAGAAAUGUGGCCAAGCAUGCACCAUCCUUACUCCAUGAUGUCUUCCGCACGACAGUGACCUUUAUUAACCAGAAUUUAUUCACCUGUGUGAGGAACUUGCUUAGAAAUGAGAUGGACUGAGGGACCUGCAGAAGAGUGGCUGGCAGACUCCAGAGGAAACUUGGCCGUGGAAACACACGCUGGAGAGAAGACAGGUCCCAGAUAAUAGCUGCCUCCCUAUUCUCAGGACAGUGUUUGGGCUGGUGACUCAGUUCCUCCAUUGAGCUAGUCUAAUGAAGAUGCCAGUGCGCGUAUCUGAAGGGCUUGCGCCAGCUCCUGCAUCCGCUUCAUGUUUCUUUCGUCUAAUCAGCUGUACGGGUUCCCACUUGAAAAUUAAACUCAAAAGCAGGUUGUAAGGCAGAAAGACUUACUUAUACUGUGAAGUUACUGUUCAUGAGAGGCCAGCCUGGGUCGCUGUCUUCGCCCUGCAGAUGGGCUUCUGUUUUGGGACAGUGCUAGCAGGGGUGCCUGGCCCCGGAGUGAGAACUCCACCCAGUGCACAGACGGCCAUAGCCUUCCUUUGUAAAAGCUGAAUGGCAAUAAGGUUUGAGUCUAUGACUCUGUUCUCAAACUACCCCUCCCCGUCCCACCCAUAUGCAAGGGUUUAGCUGUUUCAAAAGGGACUGUUUUUCUAAAGAUUUCUAUCCCAGUGGGAACAAACUUGAGUUGUGCACACAAACUCAGUCACUACAAUCAGGUUUGCUAGGAAACACAUUUACACAAGAAAAUGAAAUACCAGAGUCAACCGGAAAUAACAGGAGAGAUCUAAAACAGCAGCCAGUAAUCCAAACAGUAGCCUCGUCAUCUCCCCUGUGCAUUGGCCACCAUCUUGAUCAAGUUGGCAGAGGUAAUUUCCAGUCACAUCUGAUAGACAUUCUCGGUUGUAAAGCAAAAUUGCCAUUCGUUCUCAGCGGGCCAACGUUUUGGAAAGAUUCCAUGUGUCAAAGCCAAAUGUCCCCUCUUUUGUAUUUCAGAGAUAAGGUCUUACUGUGUAUCCUAAAACACAGGUGAUUCUCCUGCUAACUUGCCUAAUGCUGGAAUUGCAGGCAUGAGCCACCACUACCUGUUAAGUGUUCCAAUCUUCAAUUCAUUGCAGCCAUGACGGCCUGGUGUAUCAUGGAAAUUGGCGGAAUUUUUCUUUAGUAACAUGAUCCUUGUGUGGGUAUAACUGAGAGAUGAUGUUAAUUCAGAGAAUAUUUUCCAUUCUGUUCUAAAAGUAUGUGAAUUGAUAUGAGUGAUAGAAAUUUGUUUCUUCAAAAUAAAAGGCUUUCUUCUCUAAAGGAUAAUGCUUAGCAACAUCUCCUAGGUGAUCUAGUGCAUCAGAGGUCACAGCAUUCCCAUUGACCUUCAGGACCCAGCAUAAACACAGGUGUUUGGGAUCACAGUGACUUCACUGGCUGUGGCUACUGGGAACUCAGGUGUGGUUUUGAAUGGCAGGAUCGUGACUAAGGCAAACCAAGAAUGCGUGCACUUUAAGAGACUACAAAACAUUACCUGAAGUAAUCCUCCUAGGCCAACAGUAGCGGACAAAACCAUGAGUCACCAGUUAUCAGAAAAGCUCAUUUUAUUGUCACCUCCAGGGAGUUUCCCCCAAGAAGUUGCUACUGUCUGGAAGCACAGUUUGUAGACUUGAAUUUUGUCACUUCCUGAUAGAGAAAGAAGCUUGGGCACAAAGUAGACAACAGCAUGGGAAAGGAGCCAAGACAAUUCGCAGUAAUGAAUUGAGCAAGUCAGAGCUGAUAAGCACACUGGAAAUGAUGCUACCUGAAUCAAAUGCUUAUCCUAAUCUUUAUUUAUUUUUGUUUUUUUUUUUGUUGUUGUUGUUGUUUUCUGAGACAGUGUUCCUCUGUAUAACAGCCCUGUCUGUCCUGAACUAAUUCUGUAGACCAGGCUGGCCUCGAACUCAGUGGUCCACCUGCCUCUGCCUCCCAAGUACUGGAAUUAAAAGCAUGCAUCACCACCACAACCCAAUACUAAUUUUCUUUUUAAAAGAUAGGAUCCCAUGUAUUAAAGGCUGAACUUUAACUCUUA